UUCAACAAUUGGAACUCUUUUAAACAAACAAAACGAAGCCACCACACGCCACAAAACCUUCUUCUCCCUAUCUCUAGGUCUCUCUCCUCUCUCCUUUUCUCCUGGACUUGAGUUGAGGGCUAGGGUUUUGGGCGAAGAAGUUCUUAUUGAAUUCCGUACAGACCUUCAUGGCUGUUUCCACUGGUUUCGCCUCCGCGUUUGCCGGUGCUAAAUUGGAGACCUUGUUGUUGAAUCCUUCCUCAUCGACGCCUUCGCCAUUGACGCAUUUGGCACCUCAAAAUGUUCGAGUCUCUUGCAGACCAAACAGGAACAGGAGACUCCUCGUUCAGAGAGUGAGAUGCGAGGUCUCCACAUCGGAUGCUUCGAUUGGUGCCGACCGACUCGAUGCUGCCAAAGCAUCCAGCGUCUCUGCGCUCGAGCAGCUCAAGACAUCCGCCGCUGACAGAUACACAAAGGAAAGAAGCAGCAUCGUGGUAAUUGGGCUUAGUGUUCAUACUGCCCCUGUUGAAAUGCGUGAAAAACUUGCCAUCCCUGAAGCAGAAUGGCCUCGAGCCAUUGGGGAGUUAUGUAGUUUGAACCAUAUAGAGGAGGCUGCUGUUCUUAGCACCUGCAACAGAAUGGAGAUAUAUGUUUUGGCUCUUUCUCAGCAUCGUGGAGUCAAAGAAGUGACUGAAUGGAUGUCGAAGACAAGUGGUAUCCCAGUUUCUGAGAUUUGUCAGCACCGAUUUUUACUGCAUAACAAAGAUGCCACACAGCAUAUUUUUGAAGUCUCAGCAGGUCUUGACUCCCUUGUCCUAGGAGAAGGUCAAAUCCUUGCUCAGGUUAAACAAGUUGUAAAACUUGGGCAAGGAGUCAAUGGCUUUGGGAGGAACAUUAGUGGACUUUUCAAGCAUGCAAUAACUGUUGGAAAGCGUGUUAGGACUGAAACAAAUAUUGCUGCUGGGGCUGUUUCUGUUAGUUCAGCAGCUGUUGAACUUGCAAUGAUGAAACUUCCUGAAUCUUCACAUGCUUCUGUGAGGAUUUUGGUGAUUGGUGCAGGAAAGAUG